AUGGAUAUGCGAAUCGACAGCGAGGUUACUGAAAAUCUGAACACCACACACUUUGGCAUAACUGCUGAUUUGAAAGAUUGCGUUUCUAAUACAGCAGCUACAGAUUCUAUCCUAGACAUGGUUACACAAACGUUUAUUGAAACAAGUGAUUUGGGUGAAAAUGAUGGUAAAGGUACACACAGUUUAACAACAACAACUUUUAUCUGUGACAAAGAUGGCACAUGUGCAAAUGCUGUAUCAGCAGCUUGUGAAACAAGUGUAUUCUGUGAAAAAGACGGCAUAGGUGCAAACGCUGUUUCAACAUUUCUUGAAACAAGUGUAAUCCAUGAAAGAGAUGCCACAGGUGCAAACGCUGUUCUUACAUUUCCUGAAACAAGUGUAAUCCAUGAAAAAGAUGGCACAGGGGCAACUGCUAUUCCAACAAUUCCUGAAACAAUUCCUGAAACAAGUGCAAUGUGUGUAAACAAUGGUACAGGAACAAAUACUAUUUCGACAAUUCCUAAAGUAGAUGUAAUCUGUGAAAAAGAUGGCAAAUGUUCAAAGACUGUUCAGACAAUUCCCGCAACAAGUGUAAUCUUUGAAAAAGAUGGUUCAGAUGCAAACACCGUUUCAACAGGUUAUUUCUGUGAAAAAUAUGGUGCAGCAGUAAACAAAGCACCAACAGUUACCGAAACAAGUAUUUUGAUCGAAAAUGAGUGUACAUGUUCAAAUGCUAUUUCAACAGUUACAGAAACAAGUUUUUUGGGUGAUGUUACAACUGAAUUCUUAGAUAUUUCAACAGGAUUUGUGGAUUCUGUGGAAACCAGACUGGACAAGGAUGAAAAUGAAAAUGAUAUUAAAGCUAAGCUUACUGGAAAAAACUCAAGAAAGAGUAUGGGUUCUUCUGAUAAUUUAGUUGCAGAGCAACCACCAGUUAAAAAAGGGUUUACACAGUUGGAUGCUAAUACUGACAACUUAAAUGUAAGGUUUGGAGACUUCAAAUUAUUGGAAAAAAUAGGGGAGGGUGGUUUUGGUGAGGUUUACAAAGGUGAAUAUUUGGGAACAGAUAUUGCAGUGAAGAAAGUUAAGAUAAAACGCAUGAAAGUUGUGAAACAGUCAGUGUUGCAAGAAGUUGUCACAAACAGUCAUCUUAGGCAUCCAAACAUUGUUCUACUGAUGGGUUACUCAAUCAAUACUGACUGUCUCUAUCUUCUCACAGAGUUCAUUGCAGGUCCAAAUUUGGAUGAUGUGCUUUUUGCUGACAAUGAGUACGAAUUUACUGUGCCUCAAAAACAUGCAGUGGCAUUGCAAGUAUGUCAGGGUGUAGCAUAUUUACAUAAUCAUAAUCCAAUAGUUAUUCACAGAGACAUUAAGCCUGAAAACAUUUUACUGACGAGAAAUUUGGAAACGGCAAAACUUUGUGACAUGGGAUUGUCUAAGGUGAAGGUAAUGAAUACCAUGACCAAAACAGUUGCAGAUCGCAGAGAGACACAGCCAGGAACUCCAGCUUAUCAAGCUCCAGAGAUUCUUCUGCAAGCUAGGAGAGGCAGAACACAAGCAGAUGUUUGGAGCCUCUGUUGUUCAUUAGUUGAGCUCUUUACUGCCAAAACCAUAUGGGACUUGACCAGUGAGGAUGAUGAAAAUGACGACUCUGUCCAGGUUAUAAUCCGGGCAAUGCAAAGAAAGGAUAUGCCACAUGGGUUAAGUAAUUUAGACAGGGAGCAUACCCUUUCAGUGCAGCUGAAGGCUGUUAUUCAGAAGGGCUUAUCACACCAGAUUGAGGACAGACCGACAGCAUUAGACUCUGUAGUUGCGCUAAAACAUGAACUUUAA